GAUGUUGAGGCUCUGGUCAGGAAAAAUAAGCCAUACAUCAGAUUUAGACAAUGGGGAUUAAGCAAUAUUCCUCCGCAAGCAUAAGAAAUGUAGAACUCUUGAAGCCAAAAUGGAGACAUGAAAUAGAUCUGAUAGCCAAGGCAUGGGCAAAUCCUAAGAUAUUCCAUAGGUAUAUUAACAAUGAAAGGGUAGCUAGGAAGAGAAUAUGCCCCCUUAAAGAUCAGCAAGGCCAUCUUUGUGUUGGACCUAAAGCGGCGAGGAAGAUGUUAAAUUAACAUCCCACACAAGGAUACUGGAAAUGUUGCAGAAGAAAUUGACAAGGAUAUUACUAGAACGUGUGAGCUUGAGUUAAAGUGAAAAGCUGGGACUUCAUCGUUUGGAAGCUGCAAGGUAAAGUAAACAAAAUCAUGAAGGGCGUGAAUGCUCUCAGUCAUUUUUUUCAGGCUGGAGGAUUCUCAAACCAGGUGGAAUAAGCUUAAAGUGAGGUGGAGAGAUUUAAUAGGAACCACAGGGGUAAUCUUUUCACUGCGAGGGCCCCCGCAUGCCAACUUGCCGAAAGGCCCAUUUCCUUGCCGUGCAGCACGAUGGCAGCACCAAAGAUACUAGAGGAGCGGUCUUUGGUCUAGUAUCUUGGCUUUGGGCAGCACCAAAGAUUGCUCCUCUAUAAUCUUUGGGCAGCACAUCAACGGCGCGCGCCCCCGUCGUUCACGUCCGGAUCAGCGCGCGCUCCCGCAGCGCCUCCCCGCGCCUGCGCGGCCGCCGCUGGUGGCAGUUGCCGCGCAGACGCCGUCCAGUAGUUGGCCAGCGGACGGAGGACGCGCUGACAGUCAGGUUCUUCGCUUUUGAAAUGUUACGCGGUUGCUGGCCGCUCCUACACUUCGACGCCGUGUGUCACUCGCACCGCAGCUGGGUGACGGCAGUCUUUCGGCCCUUGUCAAUUCGGGGUGGUCGCGGGUUGGCGUGAAUGUGAUUUCCUGACCGCUGACUGCUCCGGUGGGGAAGAUAUUGGGGGCUGCACCACCACCGACCUUCCGAAGGUGCGCAGUGGAGCUGCGCAAUCGGUGCUUGCCUAGACAAGUGUGGAUCAAGAAACUAACAGCAAAGGGAAAACUGAAAAGAAUUUAAAGGAAACAAGAAUCUAUUGACUGUGCAUGGAAGGACAGCUAAUGCGCAGGUGUAUUGGUGUUCGCCCAGGAGAAAUCGGAAUGGAUGUCACAAGCCGAUGUACGCUCGGCGAUCCUAACAAACUGCCUGAGGGAGUACCACAACCAGCUAGGAUGCCAUUUGUAUCAGACAAGCAUCCCCGGCAGACUUUAGAAGUGAUUAACCUACUGAGGAAGCACCGGGAACUCUGCGACGUGGUGCUGGUUGUGGGCGCAAAAAAGAUUUAUGCACAUCGAGUUAUCCUAUCUGCCUGCAGUCCUUACUUCCGAGCCAUGUUCACUGGUGAGCUUGCAGAAAGCCGGCAAACGGAGGUUGUGAUUCGUGAUAUUGACGAACGAGCUAUGGAGCUUUUAAUUGACUUUGCUUACACGUCUCAGAUAACAGUAGAAGAGGGGAAUGUACAGACCUUGCUGCCGGCUGCCUGCCUCCUGCAGCUGGCCGAGAUCCAGGAGGCAUGCUGUGAGUUCUUGAAAAGACAACUUGAUCCCUCCAACUGCCUUGGGAUCAGAGCUUUUGCUGACACCCACUCCUGCAGAGAACUGCUCCGCAUCGCUGACAAAUUCACUCAGCACAACUUCCAAGAGGUGAUGGAGAGUGAGGAGUUCAUGUUGUUACCAGCCAAUCAGCUGAUUGAUAUCAUUUCUAGUGACGAGUUGAAUGUACGGAGUGAGGAACAGGUUUUUAAUGCAGUUAUGGCCUGGGUUAAGUACAGUAUUCAAGAGAGACGUCCACAGCUUCCCCAGGUAUUGCAACAUGUUCGCCUACCAUUGCUCAGUCCCAAGUUUUUAGUAGGAACUGUCGGAUCUGAUCCCCUCAUAAAGAGUGAUGAGGAGUGCAGAGACCUUGUUGAUGAAGCCAAAAAUUAUUUGCUUUUACCACAAGAACGUCCCCUAAUGCAGGGUCCAAGGACAAGGCCUCGUAAACCUAUCCGAUGCGGCGAGGUUUUAUUUGCAGUUGGAGGAUGGUGCAGUGGGGACGCAAUUUCAAGUGUUGAGCGCUACGACCCGCAGACCAACGAAUGGCGAAUGGUAGCUUCCAUGAGCAAACGGCGGUGUGGAGUAGGGGUCAGUGUGUUGGAUGAUCUUCUUUAUGCAGUGGGUGGACAUGAUGGCUCGUCAUAUCUCAACAGCGUAGAGAGAUAUGAUCCAAAGACCAACCAGUGGAGUAGUGACGUGGCUCCCACCAGUACAUGUCGGACCAGUGUUGGCGUGGCAGUUUUGGGAGGGUAUCUGUAUGCUGUAGGUGGCCAGGAUGGCGUCUCUUGUCUGAACAUUGUGGAAAGGUUUGACCCAAAAGAGAAUAAGUGGGCACGUGUGGCUUCAAUGAGUACCAGACGGCUAGGUGUGGCAGUUGCUGUGUUAGGUGGAUUUCUUUAUGCUGUUGGUGGAUCUGAUGGUACCUCUCCCCUUAAUACUGUUGAACGCUACAGUCCGCAGGAAAACCGAUGGCAUACCAUUGCACCAAUGGGAACUCGCCGGAAGCACCUGGGAUGUUCUGUUUACCAGGACAUGAUUUAUGCCGUUGGAGGGAGAGAUGAUACCACAGAGUUAAGCAGUGCUGAGAGGUUCAAUCCGCGGACUAAUCAGUGGUCUCCAGUUGUGGCUAUGACAUCGCGCAGGAGUGGGGUUGGCCUUGCAGUUGUAAAUGGGCAACUGAUGGCAGUGGGUGGAUUUGAUGGUACUACUUACUUGAAAACUAUUGAAGUUUAUGAUCCAGAUGCAAAUACAUGGAGGUUAUAUGGAGGAAUGAACUAUCGCAGACUGGGCGGUGGAGUGGGUGUUAUCAAAAUGACACACUGCGAAUCCCACAUAUGGUAGAGCAGUAAAGUUUGAUAUCCUUGCUGCUAUUGGAUGCUGUAAUUGUUUAGGAGAGUACACUUUCAUUCUGGUAUUCGGUUCAGUAGAAUCUAGCUGCUGAUCAAUCAAAGUAGGAGAUAUUCAGAGCUCCGUGCAAUAUGUGAUCAACGGGAAAAAAAUGACUUUUAUGUUGAUCCAAUGAACAGUUCCAAUGAUAUUGCAGAUUGAUGCCUAUACAAGUAUUGUGUGUACGGAAGCUUUCUCAUUCAGAACACCUCAAAAAUGGGCAGAAUAGAAAAGUUGCACAAUUGUAACUUGAAUGGUAGUGAUGAAAUCGACUUUUUAAUCGUCAUCUUUCAAGGAAUUUGAAAUGAAAGCGGAUGUUGGUUUACACCUUUUGGAGAUGACUACCAAAAUAUGGAAAUAAUCUAGUUUCUUUUAGACUGUACAAUUCCACGUACUCUUAAGAAAUAAAAUAUUUAUGGUGAAUGUUAAGUUGGAGCAAAUGCAAACUCGAGCCCCCCCCCCCCCCCCCCCCC